GCAGGCAGGCAGGCAGGCAGGCAUCCAUCCAUCUGUAGGCUCGAAAAGCGAGACGACUUCAGUCAUGCGGGCCUUUCUACUGUUAACGUUGACGGCGCUUUCGCUCGGCCCGAUGCUGGUCUGCGGCUCCGAGAAGAAAAAGCUGCAGAUCGGCGUCAAAAAGCGAGUGGACAACUGCCACAUGAAGUCCCGCAAUGGGGACGUUCUGAACAUGCACUACACGGGCAAGCUGGAGGACGGCACCGAGUUUGACAGCAGUAUUCCCCGCGAUCGACCCUUCACCUUCACGCUGGGAAGCGGCCAAGUGAUUAAAGGUUGGGACCAGGGCCUGCUCGGCAUGUGCGAGGGCGAAAAGAGGAAAUUGGUCAUUCCCGCCGAGCUGGGCUACGGAGACCGGGGAGCGCCGCCCAAGAUCCCCGGUGGAGCCACUCUGAUCUUUGAGGUGGAGCUGCUCAGCAUCGAGAGGAGAUCCGACCUUUGAUGAAAGACUACUCCCUCGCUCGCUCAGAGCGCUUCGAGAUGCUGCUCCCUGUGAUUAAAGAGCACAUCUGACAGCAGUGAAGAAGACCAUGUGUCAAAUUGUGGGAUGGGACUCUUCCAGCAGCAGAGCAAUGCCUCAUGUGCUCAAGAUUGCUCAAAUAAGAACUGAUCCACAAUUUUAAAAAAAAAAAAAAAAAAAA